AUGCAUCCUAAGAGAAGCUGUCCAGCAAACGACUCAAAGUGUCAUAAGUGUGGCAAGAUUGGUCACUGGAAAAGAGCGUGUAAAAGCACAGCGGUCAGUGAAGUCAGCCGAGACACAGGUAACAUCUUUCCAAAUGAGUUUUUCCUAGGCGAAAUAGUCGUAGAAGCAUUGAAGCUGAACCGUGGAAACUGGAAAGCAAAUCUUACAGUGAAUGAUUGUAAGUUUCAAUUUAAGCUCGAUCCAGGUGCUGAUGUAACUGUCGUUCCAAAGCACCUUUAUGAUAAAUUGUCAAAUAAACGAAAAGUUAAGUUUCAAUCAACUGAUAAAAUACUAUUAGGCCCUUGCAAUUAUCGUCUCAAUUGUUUGGGAAAAUUCAAUGCUAGGAUAACCUCAGAGAAUAAAUUUAUUCUCGAGAAAAUUUAUGUUGUGAAAGAUCUGCGUAAACCAUUGUUAGGCAAAUCAGCAUGUGUAUCAUUAAAUUUACUUGGUAAAAUCAAUGAGGUGGAAAAUUCUAAAGCACCAGAAGAAAGCAAAUAUAAGCAACAAAUAAUAGGUCAAUAUCCCAAAUUAUUUAAGGGCUUAGGAGAGCUUGGAGGGGAAUAUGAGAUAAAAUUAAAAGAGUUGCCAGAACCUUUUGCUUUGAAUGUGCCAAGGAAAGUACCUUUUCCCUUACUAGAUAAAACCAAGAAAGAAAUCGAGCGAAUGUUAAAAAUAGGCGUUAUUUCCAAAGUAGAUCAACCAACAGUCUGGUGCGCCCCCAUGGUAGUUACACCAAAAUAA